AUGGCUGCUGUUUCCAGCUUCUUAUUUAGACCACCGCCUUCUUCUUCUUCUUCUUCUUCUUCUUCUUCUUCCCCAUCCAAGUCGGGGAUUCCACCACUGGUGGCUUCUUCCUCCGCCUCUCCUGCCUUCUGGUUCGCCGGUUGCAGGGUCAGAAAUCUGCCCCACAGGCUCCGGGAUGGUCACCGGCGCCUGAACCUGUGCUCUCCUCCGAGGGCGGCGACCCCCGCCGCCAGCAACGCCAGUAGCGUGAAGAACGACGAACGGGUGCAGAAGGUUCACACCAUAGAGGAGUUCGAGGCGGCGCUGCGGGCGGCCAAGAACAAGCUUGUGGUCGUGGAGUUCGCUGCCAUCCACAGCCCCCAGAGCCGGCAGAUCUACCCGGCCAUGGUGGAGCUCAGCCGCAAGUGCGGCGACGUGGUGUUUAUCCUCGUGAUGGGGGACGAGUCCGACGUGACCCGGGAGCUUUGCCGACGGGAGGGCGUCGAGAAGGUCCCACACUUCACCUUCUACAAGGCCAUGGAGAAGGUGCACGAGGAGGAGGGCAUCGGGCCAGACCAGCUGAUGGGGGACGUGCUCUACUACGGCGACAACCACUCCCUGGUGGAGCAGCUGCACAACCGAGAGGAGGUGGAGGCUCUGAUUGCCCGGAGCAAGGCCGAUGGGAAGAUGCUGGUGCUGGACGUGGGCUUGAAGCACUGCGGACCCUGCGUGAAGGUGUACCCGACGGUGCUCAAGCUCUCCCGCUCCAUGGCGGACGCCGUUGUCUUCGCCCGCAUGAACGGCGACGAGAACGAAAGCUGCAUGCAGUUCCUCAAGGACAUGGACGUGGUGGAGGUGCCCACCUUCCUCUUUAUCCGCGACGGGGAGAUCUCCGGGAGGUACGUGGGCUCCGGCAAAGGGGAGCUCGUCGGCGAGAUCCUCAGAUACCAAGGCGUCCGCAUCACCUGA